ACUCCUGGGAUUUUUCCGCAGCUCAUAUAUGCUGCAGGGAGAGAGAAGGUACAUGGCGGUGACACAGUUCUCCCCCACCCAUGCCAGAAAGGCCUUCCCGUGUUUCGAUGAGCCCAUCUACAAGGCCACGUUCCGGGUCAUCCUGAGACACGAUGCGUCCUACCUCUCUCUCUCCAACAUGCCUGUAGAGGCCUCCAUCUCUGAUGAUGAUGGCUGGGUGACCAACCACUUCUCCAGGACCCCUCGUAUGUCCACCUACUACCUGGCCUGGGCAGUCUGUAACUUUACCUACAGAGAGGUAACCACUGACAGCGGAGUGGUGAUCCGGCUGUAUGCCAGGCCCAACGCCAUCCAGAGCGGAGCGGGGACUACGCGCUCCACAUCACAAAGAGACUCCUCCAGUUCUAUGAGGAUUACUUCAAACUCCGUCAAGGUCACCCUCUCCACCAGCGCCAGUCUUGGCACCAGCACCAGCCCCCAGCCCCCGGCCGCCGCACCCUUCAUCAUGGAAGUUAUUCACCAUAACCACCGCCCACGCUGGC